GGGCAGUGAGGCAGACUUUUCCAGAUUAGGCAGCCAGCUUUGGGUGGCGCUGUUGCAGCAACAAAAUUUCCUUUCAGAAUACGAGAAUGAAAACUUGGAGGCAGAGAAACAUGAUUGCAGCUGUUCUGCUGCUGUGUGCUGUUGUAGCGCUCUGCUCUGAUGACGUGGAGACUCCAGCCUGUGUACCCAGUCAUGAGGCAGCAUGUUUGACACCAGCUGAUUAUCUGAAUCCAUCUGGUCCUAUCAGCAAAGUGUUAGCAGUGGGUAAGAAACUCAUCAUCUCCCCGGAGUUCCUCUCUGGAUUUCCUGUCUGCCACUGGAUCAGAGGAGAAGACCGACUAAUGACAGCCAGAAAUGGGAGUCAGUCCAUGGUCACAUCACCGCUUUCUGAGACAGAUUCAGGGGAGUACACUCUGACCUGUGAAUCCAACAAUGCCACCAUUUCCAAGACUGUGAUUCUUCAUGUAGUAAUGAAACGUCCAACAAAACCACAGCUGAUGCUCGAUGGUGUUGACGUGCCAGAUACUUCCCCACUUUUUAAGUGUGUCUCUGAGGGUUUCCCCAAACCCACAAUCAAAUGGUCUGGUAACAAGCAUGAACAGAGUUUAAAGGGAAGCGACAGAAAGACAGAGAGCACAAUAUCAAGCAGUGAAUAUUAUAAUAGAGGAAUGAUGUGCUGUGCAACCAAUGCUGAAGGACAAGAGUGCUCCCAACUGUAUGACUACGACUUACAGAGAAGUGUAAUGAACGAAGAUGAGGUAUCUACUGUCACCCUGAGCAAAGGUCAGUCUCUGCUGCUUCGCUGCAGAGUAAAAGGAUACGGUCUGAGAUCACCUGUGUGGGAGAAAGGAGGAAAACAGCUCCAUGACAGGACAUUUUCAUGUAAACCAGAGAAGGAGGAGGAGAUGUGCAUUAAAAAUGACUCACAUUUCGCUGUUCAGAUGGCCUACCUGUUCAUCAGAUCAGUGAGAGAGGAGCACAGCGGCACAUACACCUGCACGAGUACAGAUAAAAACUCAAAGUCUGUUCAUGUUGAUGUCUCAGAUGAAGGUUUCCUCUCUGCACAGCUGGAUGAGACCAAGAUC